UUUUGUGCGGCAUGUGCAUGGACCGUGCUUGCUUGCAUGCUUGUCAAUGAACCACUUAGUUACUGAUGCUCCCCUGAUUUCGUUUAGAAAAUGUCAUCAAAGAAAAGUAAAGGCAAAGGUAAAAAAGCAAGCGACGGAGAUAACUCAAGCCUUAGGAGUGCAGAAGAUGCAGAUAGUUCUGGAGUUGGAGGAAAUUACAGCAACGGAGCUUUAAGUGUUACCGACUUCAUCGAGAAAGCUGAUGAAAAAGUCCCUAAAAGAUGUAGGUCCCAAUUAGCACAGCUGAGUCUGAACACAAUGAAGUCAGCAGGUGUGUGCAUCGGAAGACCAGCUCUGCUAUCCUCAACCACAGGUCAACAGGAGGUGUGCUUGGCGUGGCCAGUUGGAGCCUUCCCCUCAAGGAAAGUAGGCCUCACAAAAAGCAUCCAGACAGGCCUGCGUGUGAAGCCUGGGGAUGGAGUUUUCCUCCGCCCAGUGACAGGGCCCAUUCUGCAAGCAGAGGAGAUUGAACUCUCCCUCUGCCAAGAGGACAGUACUCUCAACAUGGAGGACUUCAGCAGAUUUCUUCUACGGACCCUGGAUGGGCGGAUAGUCCUGCCAGGAAACACCCUGUCUGUGACCUUCUUUGGCCGCCCCUGCAGUGUAAUUGUAGAGAAGGUGAGGGGGGUAGACGGACUGUCCCUGGAGCGGACUGCUGCCCAGAGCAAGGCGGACACGACCUGCCCGGGUGAGAACUCCACGCUGGGCUCCAGCUCCCUGGACGUCUCCCUCCAGCUCAGCCUCCUGAACCUGGAGGACCAGGACAAGAGCAUCUCCGAGAGCUGCAGCACCCCUGCUAAACCAGGUGCACCUCCAGCGCUUAGCACCCCCGUCAGGCCUGCCGCACCCUCCCCCUGUGUGCCCGUCUGCGGAGACAGCCCACUACCCAGCAUGCCUCAGACCCCCACAGACGCCCUGUCGGAAAGCAUAGCCAGCUCAGAGCUGGGGGACGGGACGUUCGGACCGAAGCUGCUGGACUCGGACGCUGCCUCAACGGCUCCACCUGGUGGCGUCUCCGAUAGUGACACUUUUUACUGCGUGGCUGCCAGCACCAGACUGAGGCUCCAGGACCGUCUGACGGAGAAACGGGAGCAGAAGGCCCCCGAGGCGCCCAGGGUCACCUACAGCAUGAUCGGCGGCCUGAGCAGCCAGCUGGACACCAUCCGAGAGACCAUCGAGCUCCCCCUCAAGCAUCCUGAACUGUUCAAAAGCUAUGGAAUUCCGGCUCCGAGGGGAGUUCUUCUCCAUGGCCCUCCUGGCACAGGGAAGACCAUGAUUGGGCGAGCCAUAGCCAAUGAGGUUGGAGCUCACAUGACCGUCAUCAAUGGCCCAGAGAUCUUGAGCAAGUUUUAUGGAGAGACUGAGGCUCGCCUUAGGCAGAUAUUUGCAGAGGCAUCUCAAAGAAGGCCUGCUAUCAUCUUUAUCGAUGAGCUGGACGCCCUGUGUCCUAAGAGGGAGGGGGCCCAGAACGAGGUGGAGAAGCGGGUGGUGGCCUCUCUCCUGACGCUCAUGGACGGAAUCGGAUCUGAGGGACACACUGGUCAGCUGCUGGUGUUGGGGGCGACUAACCGGCCCCACGCGCUGGACCCCGCCCUGAGGAGGCCCGGCCGCUUUGACAAGGAGCUGGAGGUGGGGGUCCCCGGGGCGGCCGAGCGGGCGGACAUCUUGCGCAAGCUGCUGCUCCCCAUGCCCUGCAGCCUGUCCGAGCAGGAAGUGCUGGAGCUGGCAGACGCCGCCCACGGUUACGUAGGAGCUGACCUUGCUGCCGUUUGCAAGGAAGCAGGCCUGCAUGCACUCAGGCGAGCUUCGGGGACUGGCUCUCCGCUGUCGGACACGGAGGUAAUGGAUGUCAUAACGGUCACCCUUUCCGACUUCCAGAAGGCGAUGUCAGAGGUCAAACCCAGUGCCAUGCGAGAGGUGGCCAUCGAUGUCCCGAAGGUGCGCUGGUCCGACGUGGGUGGGAUGGCGGAGGUGAAGCUGAAACUGAAACAGGCCGUGGAGUGGCCCCUGAGGCACCCUGAGGCCUUCACACGCAUGGGCAUCAAGCCCCCUAAAGGGGUGCUGCUCUACGGACCACCCGGCUGCUCCAAGACCAUGAUCGCCAAGGCUCUGGCCAACGAGAGUGGACUCAACUUUCUCGCCGUCAAGGGCCCGGAGUUGCUGAGCAAGUAUGUGGGGGAGUCGGAAAGAGCCGUCCGAGAGGUUUUCAGGAAGGCCAGGGCAGUCGCUCCAUCCAUUGUCUUCUUUGAUGAGAUCGAUGCUCUUGCAGUUGAGAGAGGAAGCUCUUCGCGCUCCAGUGGUGUAGGAGACCGGGUCCUCGCUCAGCUCCUGACAGAGAUGGACGGCAUCGAGCAGCUCAAAGACGUCACGGUGCUGGCUGCCACCAACCGCCCCGACAUGAUCGAUAAGGCCCUGAUGCGUCCUGGGCGACUCGACCGCAUCGUGUACGUGCCCCUGCCCGACGCGGACACGCGCCGAGAAAUAUUCGCCCUCCAGUUCCGCUCCAUGCCCGUGGACGAUGACGUGCAGCCGGACGACCUGGUAGCUCUGACCGAGAAGUACUCUGGAGCUGAGAUAGCUGCAGUAUGCAGGGAAGCGGCCCUCCUGGCCCUGCAGGAGGACAUCAAAGCACAGCGUGUCGCGCGGAGCCAUUUUGAGAGCGCCCUCGACGCGGUCAAGCCCAGGGUUCCAGACUCCCUGAUCCAGUCGUAUAUUAACUACCAGCGGCAGAGUGGACAGACUCACUGGUGAUGUCACUGCCCAAGGAUUCCAGGGCUGUAUACCCCCCCCCCCUCUCUCUCUAGAGGUGGUGGUCAGCCUACCCCCACCCCCAACCCCGCAUCCCAAAUCACCCUGUGCUGGUCCUGGGGAGUUGAGGGGACAGAAAACAGAAGAUGAAAGGCCCAGGAAGGAUAAAGGGGCUGUGAUUGAUUGUUUGCAUUUUUGCUGUUGUGGCCCCCAGUAACACCCUGCAAGGUUUAUCAUAGUGUUCUCUGUUAAUACAAUCAACACAAACCUUACUAAGUGGUAUUAUUUGUAAUAAAUGUGUAUUUAAGUAA